CUCGUCGUCAGUAUCGUAUCGUCGGCCGUACCGUUUGUGUGUCUGUGCCUGUGCUUUACAUUCGCGCGUCCGUCCGCCGUCGUCGGUUUUAAGUCGAUUUUUGUUUUGUUUUCGUUGAAUUUUGUCGCUCUCAAAGAGUUAAAAAAAAAAAUACGUUCGUUUUUUUUUAACGUAACAUUUUAAUAUCAGCUGUCCGCGGGUUCCGUUCGAUAGUUUUUUUCGCGCGCCCCGCAGAACCACCGUCGCUGGGACGAGAAACGCGCCCGCACGACAUCGUCUUUUCCACAUUUCGGGAAACACUAUGCUCCGGCCGUGGGCCAACGCCGCAGCCGCGCACGACCGACGUGCCCACUUCGCGGCCGCCGCCGUGCCAACGCGCUGUUAACGACACUCGCGUGGCGUAACGCGUGCAGUAAUUCCGUCCGCGGCGGACACGCUCAGGGGAUAAUCGGCCGAGGAGUACACCUCUCGGGCCCGGCGUGUCUAGUCGUCCCUAGUCGUCGUCUUAACGAGAGCACUUUUUUUUUUGCGCCGACCGCGAUUUAAUAUCGGCCGACCCGACCGACCGAUCGACCACCGCCGUCGCAUCACCGCCACCGCCUAACCUAACCAUGGUUCUGUUCGACAACCUGUUCGGGUUCCCGGGGCUACCGGGCUGCCUGCGAUUCUUCUCGCCACCGUCCGCGGCCGCCGGGCGACGGCCCACGUCAGCGACUAUGCGCGGCGUGUCGUGCACCAAGAUCACGUCGUGCCUCACGCUGGUCCUGCUCAUAUGCUUCGAGACGGUCCUGCUGUCCACCGUCAGCGAUUGCACCAAGUCAUUCACCGUGCACUGGAACACGUCGAAUUCAAUAUUCCGGAUAGACAACACGGACCACAUAAUCGACGUGAACAAAGGAAACCAGCCUUUCGAAUACGACCAAGUGAACAUCGUGUGUCCCGUGUACGCACCGGGCACGCACGAGUCGGAUGCCGAAAAGUAUAUCAUUUACAACGUGUCCAAGGAGGAAUACGAUAUGUGCCGAAUCACUAAUCCCAAUCCGAGGAUCAUAGCGUACUGUGACAAGCCGUACAAACUUAUGUACGUCACCAUAACGUUCCGGUCGUUCACGCCUCAGCCCGGUGGACUCGAAUUUCAGCCGGGACAAGACUACUAUUUCAUUUCCACUUCGUCCAAGGACGACAUCCACCGCAGAAUUGGCGGCCGCUGCUCCACAAACAACAUGAAAGUCGUGUUCAAGGUGUGCUGCAGACCAGAAGACCAACAGAACAACCAGAACUUAGCUCCUCGACCAACGCAGAACGCCGGAAACCCUCAGCGGCUACCAUUCCCGGGCAGCACGCACGGAUAUCCGGCCCGACCGCCGUCAGUGUAUGCGUCGUCCACACAACAGCCAUCGUUGGCCGGCAAGCAACCUCCGUUCGGCGCCACCGGACCGUCCGUGAACAACAACAAGCCGUCACACAAAAAAUCAUCCGAAUACGACAAGCAUCCCAACGAAGUGGUCAAGAACGAAGAGCUCACGUACAACGGUGCCGGUGCGAUUGCCGCCAGCAUGUCUGCGAAGGCGUUGGCGAUUCUAGUCCUCGUGGCCAUCGCCGCAGUCGAUCGGUUGAUUUUAUAUCGAUAGGCUGUCACCAGAGUAUAGCCGGAGUUUCGCCGGAUCCCCUACCCCCCUCAUCAACCCUCCCCGGCAAACGUAUAUAAUAAUAUUAUGCGACAUAUUAUUACAUUAUUGACGACACACUGUGUAUAUACCUACCUAAAUGGUGUUUUUAUUUUACUAUAUAUAUAAUAAUAUAAUUAUUAUUAUUAUUAAACUCUUGUAAAUAUAUAUAAAAUAUACAUGUAUAUGUAUAUAUAUACAUAUAUAUAUAUAUAAUAUUAUAAACAAACACCUCCGAUAAUAACGAUAAUGAUAAUCCUCCCCUCCCCUGAGUAAUUAUUAUUAUUAUAAUUAUUAUCAAUAUUAUUAUUAUCUAUUAUUAUUAUUAUUAUUAUUAUAUUAUUAUUAUUAUUAUUAUAUAUUAUUAUUAUUAUUAUUAUUAUGAUCAUUAUUACUAUUAUUAUUUGUACAUAACAAUUAUAUACGCAUGUAUAACGUAGGAAAACGAGUAUAUAUAUAUAUAUAUAUAUACACGAUAAUUUUAUUCAGACGAAUAAUCGAGAACAAUGUUUAAUUUUUUUUAUUUUUACCGUAUCGUAUCACUUUAGACAGUUCGAAAAAUCUCCGGACCUCGAGAUUUUUUUUCGAAAACCCUCUUAACGUAUUAUUAGUAUUAUUAUUAUUAUUAAUUGUAUAGUUUGCCAUAAUAACAUAAUAACAUAACAAAACGUAUGUAUAUGGUGGCAGCGGCGGUAUUGCUAUAUAUUGUGCGCAGUGAAUUUUGAAAAAUUGUAUCAUAUGACGCGGUCUUCUCUCGCCAUCUCGAAUACGGCCAAGUGCCAUUUUACCGGUUCCACAAUAUUGUUUGCGAUACUUUAAACGACCAUCGUGUUAGGUAUCGCCGCCGUCGCCAUUCCAUAUAAUUUAUUUAAUAUUAUUAUAUCGUAUACCUACGAUCGAUAUAAUAAUCAAUUAAUACACUCUCUUCAUUAUGUAAUAUAAUUAUUAUAAUAUGUCUAUAAUAUGUUUUAUAGAAAACUAAAAAUGUGAAAUUAUUAGGGUACCUAUAAAUAUAUAUGUGUGUGUGUGUGAGUGCGCGCGCGUGCGCAUGCCUGCGCGUGUGUUUAAUAUUAUAUAUUCUCGUUCUAAUCGGCUAUAUAUUUGUAAUUUAAUUUCUGUGAUCGUUAAUUUUUAAAACAUUAUAAUAUUACUAUUAUAGACACUUUGACCAUAAUCUAUAUAAAUUUAGUUUCUUUUAUAAUAUUAUAUUAUAUAGUAUAUACGACGAGAAACAGUAUAUAUAUACGUAUACAUACCUAUUUAUCUUUGGUUGCGUACGAGUGCGAGAAAUAUCAUGCACACACGAUAUACUUAUAUUAUAACAUUUUUUUAUUCUUUCCAUCCGUUAUCUAAUUUAUUUUUAUUUUUUGUCAUCACUUCAUAGUAUUAUAAUAAUGUAUAUGUAUUUUUUUUUUUUAACGUUUCUAUUACGUUUGUGUGAAAAUAGUUUUAUAUAUAAAUAUAAAUAAAUAUAUAAUAAUAUAAUGGAAAAAUAUUAUUUUGUAAAAUCGUAUAUUGUGUACAUAUAUAUUAUAAUAAUGAUAUUAACUAUACAUAAUAAUAUAUUAUAUAACGUGUAUUUCAUGUCACUGUAUUAGGUACACGCGCAUUCAAUAAAAUAGUUUGUAUUAUAUUAUUAUCAUAAUAUUACCUAUGUAACACGUAUUAAUAUGUUAUUACGAUUUAAGGACAAUAUUGUACUCGAACGAAAUUCGUAAUAUAUAUAUGUAUAAAACUGUACUUAGCUGCCCCUCUCACUCCCGUAAUAAUAAUAGUAAAUAAUAUUAUUGUAAUAGCCGGUAUAUCCGCGACUACGGCCCCGCCGCCGCCGCCGCCACUGAUUUAUUUUUUUCCAAAACUCGGCGCACCACCACACCUUGCGCAUUUCGAUUCCCGAACAUCGGUCAUUAAUAAUCUAUUAUUGAUAGAAAAUAAUAUAUUACUGUACUUUCGGCAGCCGUCCGGUGUGCGCCCGAAGCGAAUAUUUCGCAAACGCUCCGAAGGAAUGUGUCUCCACAACGAACGGUGUUCGUAUUAUAUUUUUGCCGUAUUGAAUUCAUCCGCGCGGACUGCCAUGAAUUGCUAUAACAUUACAAUAAUAAUAUAUUAUAAUAAUAUUAUGCCGAGCGACGUGAGCUGCGCAGCGUUAGACGUAUAGGCACCCAAAACAUUUGCCGUGGCGGCGUUGUAAAAACGAUAUUGAAAAAAAAAAAUUCUAUUUAGUUCUAAUGAAAUGCUUUAAUAAUUAUAUUAACGAUAUGGUAUAUCUCUUUUAUACAUAUAUAUAUAUAUAUAUAUAUAUAUUUCAAAAACAAAAAAAAAAAAAUAAUAAAAAAAAUAUGAUAAUCGUUUAAUAUUCAAUUUGUAUAGUGUGUAAUGUUAGGUGUUUUCUUUUGUACUGUUUCUUUUCCGUCGAACGGACGGACGAAUAAUAAGCUGUAUUAUUAUUAUUAUUAGGUACCGUGUACGUCGACAACUCAGUAUAUAUAUAUAUAUAUAUACACUGUACAAUACAUUAUAAUAUUUUGGUGUCGUCGGUGAAACAUGUUUGUACUCGUAUUACCCGUCGGACCAUCGAUUUAUUAUUAUAAUAAUAUCAUUAUUUAUUAUAUAUUACGAUUAUUAUAUUUUGUACAUUUUCGAUUUACUCGAACGUCGUGUUCUAAGCUCUGUACACCGCUGACGAACGAAAACCAUAACAUAACACUCGUCUUCUCCACACAUCGCCGAACCCCCCCGACCCCCACGCUCCCAUAUGUUCAGCCAGUAAUAUUGUUCCAUUAAUUUUAUUUUCCGUCUUAAAUUUGUCUCUUUUUUUGUUUUUUUUUAUAUACACAUCUACUACCCGUGUAUAAUAAUAAUUUUUGUUAUUAUUAUAUUAACGUAGUACGCUCGACACACGACGACAUAAUAUUCGUGUAUUUAACUAAUAUCUCGUAUUAUAUAGUCGGUGUGAAAAUUUUUUUAUUAUUUAGGCGUAUUUUUUAUGUGUUCAAGUUCCUAUGUUUCAAUGCAACUUAAAUUAAAAGAAAAAAGUACAAACGAGAGAAAAAAACGUUUUUAAAUUUCUAAAAAUAAACUAUUAACUAAAAUUUACAAACAACUAUAAUAUUAUCAUUAUUAUAUCGCCGCGUAAUCACCUGUUGUGUUUUAAAAUGAAAAAACUGGCUGAAUGUUCGAACAAUUACGAUUUAAGUAUAACUUCAAACCUGUAUGUUUAAUAAAAUAUUUACAGGAUAAUAUUAUAAUAAUAGUAAGACGCCGUGUGUUUAUUUAAUUUUUUUUUUUAUUUAUUGUAUUCUUUUUAAAAUUAUUUUUAUUUUAUUUUUUUUUUUUUUUUUGUGUGUAGUUUGUUAGGAUUGAAAUACGUUAAUAUUAGUUGGUAUUUAUAUAUAUAUAUAUGCAUUAUGUAUGUAUGUAUGUGUAUAUAUAUAUAUAUAUAAAAUACACAACAAUAUAAAAUGUAUAUACGUCCUUCAAUUUAUUGCCAUAUACCCGCUGUAUAAAUGAAUAAAUGUCAAAAAAAAAUAAUAAUAAUAAACGUGUAUUAGCUUAGAAUUACCUAUGUAUGAAUUUAGAACAGGGCACUUAAUACUUAGAACUGAUGUGUACUCCUAUUUGUGCUGUAUGUACCAGUUAAAUAUAAGGUUUAUGAUAAUAAU